AUGUCUGAAGCUGAGGGCAAUGAAAAAAUCGCGGUGGAUCCCGAUGUCUAUAUAACGAAUGCGAGUCUCGAGGAAGAUAAUCGAUCUGAAACUACUUCAAUUUCUUCCUCGAUCUAUAGAGGGCUUAUCGAAAAUGGUCGGCGGAGCCCGGCCGAUGAUCUUCAAUUUGAGAGCCUAGAAGCCGGUCAUGCUGUUGCCAUAGUUCUUGAGUCUGAUACGUCAAACCCACUAUUCCGAGCCCCUGUCGGAAGUUCGGCGAAGAAUAUCCUCGAUAUCGGAACUGGAAAUGGACUAUGGGCUAUCGACGUCGCAGAUAUGUUUCCCGAAACUACCGUUCGAGGUGUAGAUAUUUUCCCACCCCCUGUGACGUGGAUGCCACCGAACUGCAUAUUGGAGGUGGAUGAUGUCUUGCGAGAGUGGACCUGGCGUGAGCCGUUUGACUUUAUCCAUUUGCGUAUCAUGCUUGGAGCAUUUACAGAAAAGGAGUGGGACAUUGUCUACCAAAAGUGCUAUGAAAAUCUCAAGCCUGGUGGUUGGAUUGAACAGCUAGAGCUGGAUGCUCAUCUCGAAGCCGACGAUGAUAGUGUUCCGGGAGAUAGCAUGGCUGCGAGUUGGGGAGAUGUUACAUUUGGCUGUGCAGAAAGGUCUGGUCGUCGAAUCGACACUCUCAAUACGAUGAGCUCCUCCAUCGAGCGUGCUGGAUUUUUCGAUUUAAAAGAGAAGAUCAGCAAGUGGCCCAUUGGAGCUUGGCCUAAAGAUAAACAGCUCAAGGAGGCGGGGCUAAUAAACUAUCACAUGUGGUCCGCUGGUUUGGAAGGAUGGGGAAUGUGGCUUCUAACUAAAUUUGGCACACCAAAUCCGUGGUCUCCAGAGCAGGUCCAGGCUUAUGUUGGGAAAAUUCGGACCGAACUGAAGAAUCCUAAGGUCCAUGCCUAUCAACGAGCACGGCGUGUUUGGGCCAGAAAGCCCCUCGAUUAG